AGAAGAUCGUGGCAGUCAUGGCGAUACUCUUAGCAACCUUGUUUGUUAUGAUAAUUCUUUGCAUUCUUUGCAUCAUCCGCUUAUAUUUAGUCAUCGGGAAUGUAUCAAACUUUAAACCUGAAAGCAAAGGUCGUAUUACUGUGCUUGUCGUUGCGGGAUCAGGUGGUCACACUACAGAGAUGCUGAGACUGAUGGAGACUCUUUCUGCUGCCUUCUCACCUCGUCUGUAUGUUCUUGCCGAUACUGACAGGAUGAGCGAGGAGAAAGUCUGUUCUUUUGAACGAUCCAAAGACUGCUCUGACCCACAGUACGCCAUUCAUCGGAUCCCACGGAGCCGCGAGGUGCAUCAGUCAUGGAGUUCUUCAGUCAUAAGCACCCUGAAUGCGUUGGGUUAUUCUCUGCCACUGGUCUUUCGACUGCGACCCGACAUGGUGCUGUGCAACGGCCCGGGGACUUGUGUUCCUCUCUGCAUGGCGGGACUCCUGCUUGGAGUGGCGGGAAUGAAGAAAGUCUUGAUCGUUUACGUUGAAAGCGUUUGUCGAGUGGAGACCAUGUCGCUCACAGGGAAAAUUCUGUACCGCAUGUCAGACUAUUUCUUUGUGCAGUGGGCCAGUCUGAGGGACCGCUACCCCAAGUCCAUUUUCCUUGGAAGAAUCGUGUGAGCAUGUCUUUGUA